AUGAAGGACAAGCCUUAUGCUUUAGCCGUUGGAAGCUUGAUAUAUGCACAGGUGUGUACUCGACCUGACAUCGCCUUUGCAGUUAGCGUGCUUGGUAGGUUCCAGUCUGAUGCUGGUUUGGCUCAUUGGACUGCUGCUAAGAAGGUGAUGCGGUACUUACUGAGGACCAGAGAUUUCAAGCUUGUCUACAGAAGAGAUGAGAGACUUGAGGUGGUCGGCUACUCAGAUUCAGAUUUCAGUGGUUGUACUGAUGAUAUGAAGUCAACCUCUGGAUAUGUCUUCUUGAUGGGUGGAGGUGCAAUUUCAUGGAAAAGUGUCAAACAGACUAUUAUUGCUUCAUUCACCAUUCAGGCAGAGUUUGUGGCAUUGUUUGAGGCGACUACGCAGGCAGUAUGGUUGAGAAAUUUCAUUGCAGAAUUGAGGGUUGUUGACACCAUCUCCAAACCUUUGCAGCUCUGGUGUGACAACAACUCUGCAGUCAUUUUCUCAAAGAACAACAAGAAGUCCAACAGCUCAAAGCACAUUGAAAUAAAGUAUCUUCUGGUCAGGGAGAAAGUGAUUGAGGGAGAAGUUGAUGUUGCACACAUUCCUAUUGAGAAGAUGGUGGCUGAUCCUCUCACCAAGGCUCUUUCAGUGGGAGUGUUCAGGGGUCAUGUUACUCGUAUGGGACUAGUAGAGUCUUUUGAUAUGCUUGUUUAG